GAGGAAAUGAUGGUGUCAUGAUUGCUGAACUACCUGUAUAACGGAUGUUCUGGAAGGACACAGACAGUUUGUGCAUGAGAAAAGAGCGUUCAACAGAGUUGACGGAGCAGCGUUUAUAAACCAUGUCCAACAAUCCACCUUCCUCCAUCUGUAUGUUUACACCCCAAAAUCCGACCUCCCUCUCUCCGGACGGCACCCUGCCUGUGAACUCCGACUCCAGCGGUCUGACACUCAAUCAAAUGCCACAGAUGGACGGUGGUCUGUAUAGCCAGUCCACGGGCCCUCAAGGGUUUCCCAAGACACAAGACACCCGAAGCAUGGAACAAAUGAUGGGUUUCACCUACCCGCCCUAUUCUACCUGUCUCACUUCCUCAAACACAGAGAGAGCAUCACAACAGAAUCAGCAGGAUUAUUCACAGUUUCUUCUGCCCCCUCCGGCGUCCACCCUCCGGCUGCCCGGUCAGAAGAGAAGCCUGAGUAAAGACAGCAUCGAAUACCGCCUGCGCAGAGAGCGCAACAACAUCGCCGUGCGAAAGAGUCGCGAUAAAGCCCGCCGUUGUGUGCAGCUCACCCAGCAGAGAGUGCUGCAGCUGCAGGACGAGAAUCACCGACUGCAGCUGCACAUACAGCGUCUGUCACACGAUGUGGACGCGCUCAGACACUAUCUGCCACAGCGCCACCUACAGGUCAAAGAGCAGGACAUCGCAGGGAAAGACAACUGCUGAAUGCCUUUGGAGACUGGAGGUUUUUUUAAUUUAGAUCAUGAUAAAAUUAUUUGCGGCUUCUCGUCAAUUUUGUGAUUUUUGUCGAUGAUGAUUUGAUCUGCUUUUUUGAGUGGAUUUCUGGGCUCCUGGGAUAAUUUGCAGAGCUUACAUAUAAAUACCCAAUGUGUGGGAAUGAAUCCAUUGUGAGCAUAUUUGAGUCAUUAAACACAUUCCAGUUGCAAAAAAAAAAAAAAAAGCAAGGAAUCUUCUAUUUUGGAUUUUUUUGGGGGGGGUCACAGUGAACAUAGACAUUACAGCAGAUUAAGAAGCCAUUCAGAUGAAAAAUAAAUAAAUAAAAAUCUUUAAGCAUUGUAGUUAUGCUAAAGUUAAUAGUUAAAGCAUUGUAGAUAAAAGUGCUUAGAAAUGUGAGUUUUCUGUUUCACUUUAAAUAAAUCUUUAAACCUUGUAAAUAGCAUAA